AGUGUUUACAGUACUAUAUAAUACUGUACUGUAAUUGUUUGGCCACACAUAACAUGUGUGUGUGAUUACAGUGAAUGCACCAAAAAAAACAAAAACAAAACAAAACAAAAAAUUAUCAACAAUUAAAUCUACGGCAGCAGUAGUCCGGACACCUAAUUGCUGGCCAACACUAACUUUUUUGUCUGAUAUUUAUAGCGGGUGUGUGUGUGUGUGUAUCGGUUGUGGCCACUGCCGGCAACCUAUCUUAUAACAACCGACAAUGAAUCGAUUGACCCGACAAUUAUCACGGUUCGGCUGGUCCCAAGUGACCAGAUCGGUGUCGCGUAGUUGGCGUAGUUGGCGAAAGACCUACACCGAGAUUGUCUACGAUAUGUCCCGAAUGUCACGCCAGCGGCUGUUGUUUAUCUACAAUUGUACCGCUUUUGCGGCUACAAUCGUACCGGUGGCCGUCUAUUUGUCGUACAAUACCUAUUUGCUGGACAGACAACGCAAUUGGUUUCAACUAUAUAUCGAUGGCCAACCGAUGCCGUUGGAGGAAAACUUGGAACUACUGGCUCUACGCGAAUGGAAUUUCUGUCACAUUGGCCGCCACUAUAAGCUAAUGGAUCUGAUGAUGGAGUUCUUCGUAUGCAACGGCUCUGAGGUGAUUACCGUCGGCGAUCUGGACAGCCGAACCGGUUCCUAUAUUGGUUUACCGCAUAAUUUUGCCUACCGAACGGUCGACGAUGUCAAGCUGUCGGAGAUAUUGAUCGGUGGUCUAUCGGCUAAACAAUUGGUGGACGCCAAUGCCGCCGACCAUUAUAAUAGCCGGCCAGCUAUCAGACAGCUGAUCGAAUCGCUUGUACUCAGCGACAAUGCCAAACGUUUUGCCAUUGCACGGGAGUUGCAUAUGGCAACCAAUAACAAACUGAUUGUCGAUAUGAUUACGAUAGCCGGAUCGGGUAUGUUGGCAGUCGGCGCCGGCCAACAAGUAAUACUGAAGUUGAAUAUUCGCCGAAGAUAUUUGCUAAGUUUCGGUAUACGGUGUCUGUCGAUGAUGCUUGGUCUGGCCGUUUGGUUUCUAAUCCGCGACUUUCUGGUAUCGAGUUGGCAAAAAGCGGCCGACGAAAGUGCCUGUCAACAGAGCCGCGACUAUUUGGACGGCGCUGUCGAGUAUUACCGUAAACUACAGCAACGAAAGUCGGCUCUAAGCGAAUUGAACGAAACAUUGGUGCCGUCGGUGGCCGGUACGGCCAAUAAUAAUAAUAAGUUAUCGAUUAUCGGUGGUGUUAGCCUUAAUUUGCGGUCAUUGAUGUUGAAAUUGUUUGCCGUCAAAGGUGUACCAAUUGAUAAACGAUUGGAUAGGAUCUACAAAUUGAAUCUUACCUAUGAUGAUGAUAAUAAUAAUAAUAAUAAUAGUCGUAGUAGUAGUAGUAGUAGUAGUAGUAGUAGUAGUAAUCAACAACAAAAAUCAUAGUUUAAUAAUAAUAAUAAUUACCGAAAAUUACAACUAUUUUACCCGUAGAUUAUAUAAUUACCGGUAC